AUGUUGUUUUGCCUAUUUAUUAUUUCAUCAAUUUUUAUUCCUAUACAAACAAUAUCUAUUGAAGACUCUAAUUCAACAACAACUUUUAGUACUGAUAAGUUACCAAGAGUUGGUCCUUUGCUUGAUUUUCGAAUUUUACCCUAUAUUGGUAAUGGUCACAUAGCUACUGUUGUAUACAGUGAUUUUAUUUAUAUGAGUGGACUUUAUAAUGGUGAAAAUGGUACUAGCCACCGGGCACGUAUUCCAAGUACAGUAAAUUGGGAAUUUAUAAUAAUAUCAAAAUCAUCAUUAUAUACUUUAAAUGUUUCAUCAGGUAUAUUUAUUGAAACCCAUGAAAAUCAUGAAGUUCGAAUUGAACGACGUAUAUUUGCUUCACAAGAAUAUACUGAAUUAUUAGUUACUCAUGUAGUACUAAUUCGAAAAGCACCUAAAGGACGGAAAAUUGUUGUACCUGUUAAAGUACAUGAACAAACAACCAGUAUUGAUAUUAAUUUUACCGUCGCAGCUCGUAAUCCUCAAUAUGUCCUUUUAGUUGGUAAAACACGUGAAAUCGAAAAUAAUCAAUUUCAACCAGAAGGAUUACCUGUAUUCGUUUAUUAUACACCAUUACCUCAUAAAGGAUUAGAACUUGAUCACGACGAAACAAAUCGAACCUAUCUAUUUGUUACUUCAAUUGAUAGUAAUCAAUCCAUAGCUAAACAAAGUUUUGAUUAUGUAACAAUUGAACAACAACCAGAUGUUAUAUUAUCAUCACAUAUAUCUCGAUGGAAUAAUGUAUGGUCAAAUGGACAUAUUGAGAUACAGGGAGAUGAUGAAUUACAAAGACAAAUCAAUUCUGCUUUCUAUUAUAUUUUAAGUUCUCUACCACCUUUAUUAACGAAAAGUGAACCAAAACAAUUUUAUGGUUUAAGUCCUGGUACUCUUUCAUGGGGUGGUCGUGAAGGUGAAGAUUAUGCAGGUCAUUCAUUUUGGGAUACAGAAACAUGGAUGUUUCCAUCAGUUCUUCUUUUCUAUCCGACAUUGGCUAAAGAAAUAUUAUCGUAUCGAAUUGCUUUACGUGACUCUGCAGUCUACAAUGCUCGUCUAUUUGGUUAUGAAGGAUGGAGAUUUCCUUGGGAAAGUGCUCGAACCGGUGUUGAUGUAACACCAGAUUGUUGUCCUACUGGUCGUCUUUAUGAAAUUCAUAUUACGGGUGAUAUUUCAUUUGCUGCUAGACAAUAUAUUUCAGCUACAUACAAUCAAGAUUGGUUAUUGAAUGAAUUUGGUGGAGAAUUAAUUUAUGAAACAGCUCGAUUUUGGAGUUCACGUGUCAUAUAUAAUAAUGAGACAAAACAAUAUGGAAUAUUGACCGUUUUACCACCAGAUGAAGAUGCUCAACCAUUCAAAAAUAAUUCUGUUUAUACAAAUGUAAUUGCUUCACUUUCUAUUCAAUUGGCUCAUAAUAUUAGCUGCAUUACUAAUAAAACAAUACCUCCACAAUGGCUGGAUAUUGUAUCUAAUCUAUAUUUUCCUUUCGAUAAUUCAACUAAAACUUAUCUUGAAUAUGAAGGUUUUGAUUUAAAGCAUACUAUUAUAAAACAAGCCGAUGUUGCUCUCCUCGGAUUUCCAUUGAUGUGGUCAAUGAAUGAUGAAGUGAGACAAAAUGAUUUAUUAGCUUAUGAACCUUUAACACGUACUGAUGGACCAGCUAUGACUUGGUCAAUGUAUUCAAUUGGAUUUACUGAACUAGGUGAUUUUGAUAAAGCUGGUCAAUUUUUUCGACGCUCGUACGAAAGUUAUGUACGACCUCCAUUUAAUGUAUGGACUGAAACUCAAUUAGGUGUUGGUGCAGUUAAUUUUAUAACUGGUGUUGGAGGUUUUUUACAAGCUGUUCUUUUUGGUUAUGGUGGCAUUCGUCUAAAAUUAAAUGAACUUGAAUUUCAACCUCGUGGUCAUCUACCAGAUCAAGCAACUAAAUUCAUCUUUCAUGGUAUUAAAUAUCAAGGAUUUGCUCUUGAUUUGACUAUUGAUAAUAAUAUCUAUGAAAUUUUUGUCAGUUCCCAGAACAAUAAUGAUUCUAUUCCUCUUGUAUAUGAAUAUGGAGAUCAUCGAGGUUCGCUAAAAUUAAUAACAAAUACAAUGAAACCUUCCAAAGAAAAAGAUGAAAUUGCUGCAGCUGAAGGUACCCUAGUAUAUCAUGGUGUUAAACAUGGACAUUCAUAUUUAUCUCAACAAUGCUUGAUAAAUGUAUGUAAAACAAUAUUUACAUCUUCAACAGUCGUAAAUAGUUUUUCAUGUGCUCGAACCAAAGCAACAUCCAUUGCUGUAAAUGUACUAUCCCCAUGUUUUACUCAACAUUUACUUGAUGAUUUGAAAAACUCCUCAUAUUUUUCUUUGUUAUAUGAUGCUAGUAAUAAAGGAAAUACAAAAUUAUUUCCAUUUUGUGUUCAAUUUUUGUCUGUUACAGGUGUUAGAAAAGGAAUAAUUGAUUUAAUUGAUGAUGCUGAUGAAUCAGCAAUUAAAACUUUUGCAAAUGCACAUCGGUUGCUUUUGGAUAAUGGUUUAGAUAUACAUGGAUUAACAGCAUUAGGAGCUGAUAACACGAACGUCAAUGUGGGUGAUAAUCAUUCAGUUUAUUCAUUAUUUAAAGAUGAAAUACCUGAUAUUCUGAAAGGCAAUUGUUGCAGCCAUAUAUUACAUAAUUCUGUAAAACAUGCUCAUCGUGUGUUGCCAAUUGACAUUGAGCAAAUAUUAUGUUCUAUAUAUUCUCAUUUUUCACGUUCUGCAAAACGUAUCAAUGAAUUAAAACAAUAUUACGAAUUCUAUGAACAAGAUGUUAAAGUGGUUAAGUCUAUACUUAUCCAUCGAGCGUUUAGUGGAAGUAUUUAUCUCCGUAAAGAAAUAUUUCUUGGAACAACACGAAAAUUGUCCAUUGGAAAUAAAACAAUUUUUUGA